GAAACAGUCUUUGAGUCUUUAUUUCAAGAAUGGAGUUCAAGGAGUUAAAGAAAGCAAUAGAUCAAGUAGAGCUCGUUGAUGCUCACGCUCACAACAUUGUCUCUCUCGACUCGUCCUUUCCCUUCAUCCGAACUUUCUCAGAGGCCACCGGAGAUGCCUUAUCCUUCGCUCCUCAUUCUCUCUCCUUCAAGAGGAAUCUGAGGGAAGUUGCUCAACUCUAUGGCACUGAAGUAUCGCUGGAAGCUAUUGAGAAACAUCGUCAAACCCUGGGUUUGCACUCUCUCACUACCAAGUGUUUUAAUGAAGCAAGAAUCUCUGCUCUGCUCAUUGAUGAUGGAUUGAAGCUGGACAAGAAGCACGACACUGAAUGGCACAGAAACUUUGUUCCAUAUGUUGGUCGAGUACUGCGUAUUGAGACUCUUGCUGAGCAAAUCCUCAACGAGGAGAGUCCUGAUGACUCUUCUUGGACUUUAGAUUCUUUCACAAAAGCCUUUGUUGAAAGAUUGAAUUCGCUUGUUCCAGAGAUUGUUGCUAUAAAAACAAUUGCUGCUUACCGUAGCGGUUUGGAUAUUGAUACUCAUGUGAGCAAAGAAGUUGUUGAGAGUGGCCUUGUUGAAGUCUUGCAAGCUGGAAAGCCUGUCCGUAUUGGAAACAAGGGCUUGAUUGAUUACAUUCUUACUCUUAGUUUGGAGGUCGCUGAACGUUGUGACUUGCCCUUGCAAAUUCACACAGGUUUUGGUGACAAGGACUUGGAUUUGAGGUUGUCAAAUCCUCUUCACCUUAGAACCCUUCUUGAGGACAAAAGAUUUGCAAAGUGUCGUAUAGUUCUUCUUCAUGCAUCUUAUCCAUUCUCAAAGGAAGCAUCAUAUCUGUCUUCAGUUUAUCCUCAGGUAUUCCUUGAUUUCGGUUUGGCUGUUCCAAAACUUAGUGUCCAUGGUAUGGUAUCUUCUGUUAAGGAACUUCUUCACUUAGCCCCAACAAAGAAGGUGAUGUUCAGUACUGAUGGCUAUGCAACUCCUGAGACCUACUAUUUGGGUGCAAAGAAAGCACGAGAGGUCAUCUUCUUAGUACUGCGUGAUGCAUGUGUCAGUGGUGAUCUCUCACUCAUGGAAGCUAUUGAUGCAGCUAAAGACAUUUUAUCACGGAAUGCAAUUGCAUUUUAUAAGAUAGAUGUAGACACAAGUUCUUCUAUUCCACAAAGUAGAAUAUCUCCCAAGUCACAGAUGGAGGAGCCUCAUGCUCAAGAGGAUAGUAGUUCUUUUGUACGCGUUAUUUGGGUUGAUACAUCAGGACAACAAAGAUGCCGUGUUGUUCAAGCGCAGCGUUUUAACAGAAGUGUGAAGAAGAACGGUAUUGGUUUGACUCAUGCAUCAAUGGGGAUGACUUCAUUUUAUGAUGGACCAGCAGAAGAGUCUAAAUUAACUGGUAUAGGUGAGAUUAGACUGGUUCCAGAUCUAUCAACCAAGCGGAUCAUACCAUGGACAAAGCAAGAGAGCAUGGUUUUAGCUGACAUGCUCCUAAAGCCUGGUGAAGCAUGGGAAUACUGUCCAAGAGAGACCUUAAGAAGAGUCACAAAUGUUCUUAAAGAUGAAUUUGAUUUGGUAAUGAACGCUGGUUUUGAGAAUGAGUUUUAUCUCCUCAAGAAUGUUGUGCGGGAAGGCAAAGAAGAGUAUGUGCCUUUUGAAGUUGGUCCUUACUGUUCUACAUCCUCAUACGAUGCUGCAGCUCAGAUUUUCCAUGAAAUUAUACCAGCUCUUGAGUCCUUGAACAUCGCAGUUGAACAGUUUCAUGCUGAAUCCGGGAAAGGUCAGUUUGAAGUAUCUUUAGGUCACACCAUUGCAUUCCAUGCUGCCGACAAUUUGGUUUACACACGUGAAGUUAUAAGAUCGGUCGCAAGGAAACAUGGGUUGCUCGCAACCUUUGUUCCAAAGUAUGAUUUAUGUGAUAUUGGUUCUGGAUCACAUGUGCAUAUAAGUCUUUGGAAAAACGGUGAAAAUGUCUUCCCGGCUUCAGAUAAAUCAUCUGCUCAUGGAAUGUCUUCCAUUGGAGAAGAGUUCAUGGCUGGAGUUUUGUUUCACCUUCCUUCAAUAUUUGCAGUUCUAGCUCCACUUCCAAACAGCUAUGACCGAAUCCAACCUAAUACAUUUAGUGGAGCAUUCCAAUGCUGGGGCAAGGAGAACCGUGAGGCCGCUAUAAGAACGGCUUCUCCACCAGGAGCUCCUGAUGGUUUAGUUACUAACUUUGAGAUAAAAGCUUGUGAUGGCUCUACAAAUCCUCACCUUAGUUUGGCCAUUAUUAUGGCUGCCGGAAUUGAUGGUCUCCGGCGACACCUUCAACUUCCUGAUCCUAUAGAUACAAACCCGGCAGAUGUGGCUGCUACAUUGAAUAGACUUCCUGAAACGCUCUCAGAAGCUGUUGAAGCUCUGGAGAAAGAUAAAGUCCUCCACGAGCUACUAGGACAAAAUCUUUUAGCUGCCAUAACAGGAGUCCGCAAGGCUGAGGUCCAGUAUUAUUCGAAGAACCCGGAUGCAUGUAAGCAACUCAUUCACCGAUACUAAGCGUUGGCUCUCUUGAGUUGAGCCGUGGGAUAGUGAUCGCUGGAUCAUUUGCUAUAUUUUCGUUGUUGAGUUUAUAUGAUAAAUGCCUAGAGAUUAAUAUCCUAAUCUCUAGAACUUCUUCAAUAAUAUCCAGAUUUUCAUAU